AGUCAUUGCCGCGCCGACCGCCGUGGGGAGCGCGUGUCGUCGUUGUUCUUCUGCCACGCUGUCAUUCAAUCAAAACGCGUUUUCAUCGGUCGAGUCAACCACUCGAUCUCGUGAUACGACUCAUGUUUUUUUAACUUCGUUCGCGUCGAGUACGAUUCUCGUUUCUUCGCUCGCAGUGAGUGAUUUCGAGUCCUCGUCCUUUGCGGUGCAGUGAAGAAUCUCGUGUGCACAUUUCGGUGAAAAAGUGUCAAAUCUUAUAGAUUUAUAACCUGGUGCGAGUGCACAUACACGGAUACUUAAAGUGUGUUUUUAUUCGAGCACUUUGCACUUUCACGUUCAUUCAUUGGCUGAUCUAUUGUCGUAGUUGUGCGCACUUUAAGUUGCGCCCCACGUGUUGUAAGCUGGAUUUUUCGAAGCUGCAGCACCCGCGACGUACACGCACGUGAAAUUCCUUCGGGAGUGGAACGAAGGUACAGCUAUGCUCAUCGCAUUGCUCUCGUUCCGGCGGCUGCUGUAUUCGGUGGAACGCGGUAACGCCCUGCGCUAACGUCUGGCCGUCACUACGAAAUGUCAAACAUUGCCCAUCGGCAUAACUCACUUGCAACUAUCUUGAUUACGAAUAGAAACGACAACCUUGACCUAUCUCUGAACGUCCCACAACAUCAUCAAACAUCAUAUCAUCACGACGGUUACAAUAUGUCCGAUCAGACAUUUCACACACCGAGUUUCGGUGACGAAGAUUUCGACAUACCGGCCAUUCACACGCAUCAGCAGCAGCAGCAGCAGCAGCAGCAGCAGCAGCAGCAUCAGCAACAUCAGCAGCAUGACUCGAUGCAAGCAUACGGCCAGCCGCAGAUGAUGCAAGGUAGCGGCAUGCAGCAAUCACCGGACGGUCUGAAUCUGGACGCUGGUGGAUAUCAGCAGCAGCUUUAUUUACAGCAAGAACAUUCCAUGCAACAGAUCAACGUCAACUCACCGUACGGUAGCUCACAAGGAUCGUACGGAAUGAGCUCUCCUCGCCAGCAACAGCACAACGGCCAACAAUUGUUGAUGAUGCAACAACAACAACAACAGCAGCAGCAGCAGGUUCAAAUGCAGCAUAUGCAGUAUAUGCAGCAGCAGCAGCAGCAACAUCAGCAACAGCAGUUACAGCAGCAGCAACAAAUGCAGUACAGAAGUCCGACAGGUGGCAGUCCGACCGCUAUGCAAAGCAAUAAUAUACCGGAGACAAACAACAAUACUACAACCAGCGAAGAUAGCGACGACAGUACUCCACAUUCCGGGAUGAUUGCAAUGGUCAAACGUGAACCACCGUCACCGGAAGCGGCUGACGCUGGAGCGAAGAAUCAAAGAAAAACGAAGCCGCAGAAGAAAAAGAAAAAGAGAGAUCCUAAUGAACCACAAAAACCAGUGUCGGCGUACGCUCUUUUCUUCAGAGACACUCAAGCAGUGAUUAAAGGGAAACAUCCAAACGCCAGCUUCGGCGAAGUAUCUAAAAUCGUUGCGUCGAUGUGGGACGCGUUAGAUUUAGAACACAAAAACUAUUACAAAAAGAAAACCGAAGCAGCUAAGAAGGAAUAUCUGAAAGCUCUCGCGGCAUAUCGAGCGUCUCUCGUGAGCAAGGGUGCUGGUGAAAAUGAACAACCGAAACAGCAAGCGCAACAACCGCAACAGCAAAUACAAUACAGCGGCUAUACAAGUUAUUCUGCCAACACCGCGCAAGGAAAUGUAACAUAUCAGGUUUACAGUCCUCAACAUCAACCACCAUCACCUCAGCAGCAACAUCAACAACAGCAGCAGCAACAACAACAACAACAACAGCAAAUGAAUAUAAAUAAGAAGUCACAUCACCUAGCGAUGCAAGGAAAUCCUCAACAACAGAGUUUAAUGGGUAAUGUAAUGGCACCGCCACACAUGACACAACAACAGCAACAUAUGCAACAACAGGUCUCACAACAGCAAUACAUGCAGGUGUCACAACAACAACAGGUGCAGCAGGUGCAAGUGCAACAACAUCAACAACAGCAAAUGAUACACAUGAGUCCACCGAAGGCGGAGUUUGUCAAAUCUGAAGAAAUGUCAAUGAAAUCUGAAACGUUAUCGAGUUGUUCGUCGCCGGCAAAUCCUUCGCAAGUGAUAACAGGACAGGGACCGCCACCAUGUAUACAUCAGGGGUGUCCUAAUCCCGCCAUAUCCAAUAACGAAUGGGAGGACGAAUACUGUAGUAACGAAUGUGUGGUCAGUCAUUGCAGAGAUGUGUUUAACACAUGGGUAUCAUCAAAUCAAAAUGCACAACAAAAUUAUUCCACGGUUAAAUAAGUGUUUUGCAAGCGAUGUACUGCGUCAACUUACUUAAUGGCCUCACAGCUUAAAUGGCUCAUUCUCUUUCUCUCUCUCUCCGUUUAUAUGUAAAUUAAUAUAUUUAAACGGAUGUGUGUGUGUGUGUGUGUUACUUGAUAAGAAUGACUUGCUGAUAUAUUGAAACUGUUUGUCCAAUGUGACUCAUAACAUUAUUGGAAAAAAUAAAUAACAGUCUUGAAAA